AUGAGGGAUGCGGAGAGGCAGAAGCAAGAGGAGGCUAAGAAGGUUGCGAAGUCACUACAGAGUCCGGAGUUUAUUGAUGGUGAAGCACCAGAGACCUACAAGGCAUCUCUCAAGACUCAGACGCUCCCUUGGCACAGCUUUAACCAGGCUUGCAUUGCUGUCUGCUUUUGCUGGCUCUUCGGAUUGGCGUAUGGUAUUGCUGUUUUAACAGGAUACCGAUGGGGUUGGCCCGAUUCGAAUCCCUUUGGUAACGGUGAGUUCACUCGAAGACUAUCAGCAGCAUUCUUCCCGACCACUGAGUCGGACAGCAGCUCGUCGUUGUUACCGCCGUUUUACCGACCUACAGGGGUUAGUAAUGUCCCUGAUCUCGGCUUGGUCUUCACUAGCAAUGAGGGUGGUAUUUUCUCCCCUGAACUCGGUGGCGAUGUGCCUUGUGAGAUCCCUUUUGGAGAGCGAGCGGUUGAUGUAGCUGUUAGUCCGUCGAACGCAACUUUCGCUGUGUUGUCGGAUGGUGCUCUGAAGAGAUGCCAGGGAGCGGCUGAGAUGAGCGUCCGUAUGAACACCGGUAGUGCUGUUGCUAAGGCGGAGUUCUUGGCUGAUGACGAGGCGGUAGUCGUUACGAGAGAACACCCUCAGUGGAUACAAGUGGUGAAAUACGAUGGUUCAUCGUUGGUGGUUGAGAGGGUGCUGAGGGCGCCAGGGGAGGUGGUUGGCUUGGCACGCAAGAGUUCGAGCGUUGACAAAUUGUAUGUGUUGUGGCAACAGACGUCUACUGAAGAGCAUCCGGAUUAUGCGGCUGGGAGAAUUGAUCUUCAUACCGGUACUCUUGAGGCGCGCGCUAGCGUUCAUGGGGACUUUGAUGCCUCUGUUGAGUGGGUUGGCAUUUCGGAAGCCAACAAUGGGCAACUCGCCGUAGUUGGCAUUUCGCUGAAGGACCAGAGCCCUGUCGUGGCCCCUCUACGGAAGCUUCGACCGGUCGUGAACAACAUCGGGAGGGGACGUGAUGCUGAGACGAUGUGA